ACAUAAGACAUUAAAAUUGCAUUUGAAAAAGUUUAACGACGAUAGGAUUACUAACGAAACUAACUUCUUUCUCUUGAGUGCAUUUUGAAAACUACAGACGGAAUAUUACAACUCCAGAGCUAUUGCCUUGUAUGUAACCGACGGCUGCUGGAUUACAAUCGUCUUUCCAAUGGAUCCGAUUAUACCAGAACAUGGAAAACAUUUUCAGAGUGCUAUCCACUAUCUAUAGAUGCGAGUAACGAGAGAUUAUGACAGCUAUCGAAAUGGUACGGAAUUGAAAUAUACAAAGUGAAACUAAGGAAUAUAUAUUGUACGACGCGAAAAACACUUUAAGAUGUCAAUUGGAUGCAGCAAAAUCAGAAAAACACUAGUAUCGAAAUUGGGGAGCAACCGCAACAAUUGCAUCAACAGCAGCAACAUCAACAACAAUAUGGAGAAGUAAAUCAAUUAGGCGGUGUAUUCGUUAAUGGAAGACCACUUCCCAAUGCAGUCAGAUUGAGAAUAGUCGAGCUUGCACAAUUGGGUAUCAGACCAUGUGAUAUCUCACGCCAAUUACGUGUUAGCCACGGAUGUGUCAGUAAAAUAUUGGCACGCUAUCACGAAACGGGUAGUAUUCUACCAGGCGCAAUUGGUGGCAGCAAGCCACGUGUAACUACACCAAAAGUUGUGCAAUACAUAAAGCAAUUGAAAUUAAAAGAUCCAGGGAUUUUUGCAUGGGAGAUCAGAGAUCGAUUAUUGUCUGAUGGCGUUUGUGACAAAUAUAACGUCCCAUCAGUAUCUAGUAUAUCAAGAAUAUUAAGAAAUAAAGUUGGCACAACGACGACUAUGCAUCAUCAUUCACAUCAUUCAGCUCACCAUCAUCAUCAUCAUCAUCAUCAUUUUUAUGCAGCUGCAGCAGCGGCUGGUGCAGCUCUUUGUCCAGUGCCGUAUCCACCAACAUCUUAUCAUCCGACAGCGCCGCCUUCCAUUCCACAUCAUCAUCAUCAAGGUUAG